AUGUAUAUACUAGCAACUAUCUUUAUUUAUUUAACUGCUCUAAGCGGUGCUCACGGAUAUCGAGGUCCAUUUCGUCGAUUAUACCCAACGGGCAAACCGACAGUUCUCGAUGUGAAUGAAGAUCCUGGUGAACCACUUUUUCUCACACCUUACAUUGAACAGGGAAAACUUGCUGAAGCAAGAAAUUUGAGUUUAGUCAACCUUUUACCACUGAAACAACAAUCGUUUUCUGGUUACCUAACUGUGAAUAAAGCAUAUAAUUCCAAUAUGUUCUUUUGGUUUUUUCCUGCUCAAAAUGGAAACAAACCAGACACACCGGUGAUGCUCUGGUUACAAGGUGGUCCCGGUUCUUCAUCACUUUUUGCACUUUUUACAGAAAUCGGACCAAUCUAUAUCGACGCGAAUGGAUACAUUCAAUUACGCGAAAUCACAUGGAAUAAAAACUAUCAUCUCAUCUUUAUCGAUAAUCCUGUUGGAACUGGUUUCAGUUUUACAGAUAAUGAAGAAGGUUAUGCGCGAUCACAAGAAGAUGUAGCACGUGAUCUCCAUUCUGCAUUGACGCAAUUCUUUCAAAUCUUUACGGAUUAUGCGUCGAAUCCAUUCUAUGUUACAGGAGAAAGUUAUGCUGGUAAAUAUGUACCUUCGAUAACCUACAAAAUUCAUGUUGAAAAUCAAAAUCCACAAGUGAAAGUGAAAAUCAAUUUAAAAGGUAUGACUAUUGGUGAUGGUUUGACAGAUCCUCUCAAUCAAUAUAUGUAUGGAGAUUUUCUCUACCAGAUCGGUCUGAUCGAUCAAUCUCAAAAAGCUUAUGUUGAUUUACAAACAGCAUUAAUGCGUUAUGCUAUUGAACAACAACGUUACAUUGAUGCAUUCCACCUUUUCGAUGCACUUCUUAACGGUGAUCUUCUCAAUACGACAUCCUAUUUCUAUAAUGUCACAGGCAUUAAAAACUAUUUUAACUAUUUAUUAACUGAUGCUCCCGAAGAUCAAGGAUACUUUGUUUCGUUUAUUACACAUGCUGAACGACGAAAACAAAUUCAUGUCGGUAAUCUCUCCUACGGUAGUCAGAGUGAUACGGUGGAAAAAAUGCUCAUGAACGAUGUGAUGCAAAGCAUGGCAUGGAAAGUUGCAGCGAUCGCAAGUGCUAAUUAUAGUGUAAUGAUAUACAAUGGACAAUUAGAUAUUAUCAUUGCUGUACCAUUAACAAUGGAAUGGGUCAACCAGUUGAAUUGGUUUGGAGCGGAUGAACUUCAUCAAGCACCGCGAAAAGUAUGGAAAGUUGCUGACAGUGAUUCGGAGGUAGCUGGUUAUAUUAAAACAGCGAACAAUAAUCGAUUUUUCCUCGCAACUGUACGCAAUGCUGGUCAUAUGGUACCAUAUGAUCAGCCGCGAGCCAUGCUUGAUUUACUCGAACGAUUUCUUUCUGCUCAGCCGAAAUCUCCGGAAGAAAAACAAAUAAAGACAGUCUAG